AUGAUACAAUGGUCAUCAUUUAUGCAAAAGGCUCAAUCACUGAUUGAUCCGGCCAACUUCAAUAUCCCAUCCCUCUCCUCAUCCGACGACAACCCCUCGAAGGCCUCUCUUUUCCGCCAACAGUUCCGCCUUCCUGACUCCCAAAACCCCCUGCAAGAAAUCACCGCCGAGCUCAUCCUCCCCCUCCCAAGUUCAUCGUCCGGGUCUGGAGAAACAUCGCGUCGGGCUGAAAAGGCGGGUAAUCGAUACACGGGCCGGUUACAUGUCAGUGAGCGGUUCAUUUGCUUCUCUACACAACCAACAAGUUUCUUGCCAUCAUCUACACUGAGUGCAUCCACUAGCUGGACUGGUCAGACGCACGGAACAGGACCUUCUGGCAAUGGCUUCACUAUACCCCUUUCAUGCAUUCGUCGGGUCGAACGAUUGCACAGCGAGACAAAUAUCUUCACCCUAGCAUUGACGACAUGGAACGGUUUGUUGAAUAAGAAGAAGGAGGAGAAUGCUGGGAAUCAACGCCUCAUUCUGCAACUCGUCGGCAGCCGGCAGGCCAGCGAGCGCUUUUGCGACUGCUUGAAGAAGGGGUUACGGGAGGGCAUAAAAGAGGUUGACAGUCUACGAGCAGUUGUGACAGAUUGCUAUUCGGAAUACUUGCUAUCAGGAGCCAAGCAAGCUGCGAAAGAAGGCAAUGAUCCCGAUGCUCGACCGCCUCCCGAUGCCGGAUUAGGUAUGCUUUUCCGCUAUCCUGGCGAUGCGCGCAAGCUUCGAGACCGUAGCAAGAUGAGACUUUGGGUCGAAUAUUUCCGAGAAAAUGGGCGCAAUGUGACACUUGUUCGUCAACCAACAUUUCACAAGCUGAUUCGCGUCGGUUUGCCUAAUCGCUUACGUGGAGAGAUCUGGGAACUUUCGUCUGGCUCUCUCUUUCUGCGAGUUCGGUCGCCGAAACUCUAUCAAGAGACAUUGGACAAGUUCGAAGGCCAAGACUCACUUGCGAUUGAUGAAAUCGAGAAGGACUUGAACCGAAGCUUACCGGAGUAUCCGGGCUACCAGAGUGAGGAGGGCAUCGGUCGUCUACGCCGAGUCCUCACGGCCUAUAGUUGGACCAACGCGGAGAUUGGCUACUGCCAGGCUAUGAAUAUUGUCGUUGCCGCAUUGUUAAUCUACAUGUCUGAGCAGCAGGCCUUUUUCCUGCUUUCCGUGCUUUGCGAUCGGCUUCUGCCCGGAUAUUACUCUACCACCAUGUACGGCACCCUCCUCGACCAAAAGGUGUUCGAGUCCCUGGUAGAGAAGACUAUGCCUGUUCUCUGGGAGCACCUGGCCAAAUUCGAUGUACAGCUCUCCGUUGUCUCGUUGCCAUGGUUCCUUUCUCUUUAUAUCAACUCAAUGCCUCUCGUCUUUGCAUUCCGCGUCUUGGACGUUUUCUUCCUAGAGGGUCCCAAGGUCUUGUUCCAAGUGGGUCUCGCAAUCUUGCGGAUCAAUGGUGAGGAACUCCUCGAAAUUCAGGACGAUGGAUCAUUCAUCUCUGUGCUUAAGUCGUAUUUUUCGCGCCUGGACGAGUCUGCACACCCCAAGUCGGAGAACCCUAAGCUUCGAGCCAUCACCCGAUUCCAGGAAUUGAUGGUUGUCGCUUUCAAAGAGUUUUCUGGCAUCACACACAGCACGAUCACAGAACAGCGUGAUAAACACAAGGAUGCUGUGUUGGAGAACAUCGAAAAUUUCGCCAAGCGCACUUCUAUCCGCAAUCUUGGACCUGAGAGCAAGCGCCUUAGUGUAGAUGAUCUUGGUACCAUUUAUGAUCGGUUCUACGAGACCUUAUAUCACUGGCAACAACACCAAAAGGUAUUGGAAGAGGAGCGGAAACGACAAGAAAAGAAGAAGUCUGAACGUUUCUCUAUUCUUGGUCCCCCUGCAGAUAGGGAGAUGGGUCGAGUUGGUCUCGGACCUAGCCCUACUCAUAUGGACUAUGAUGCAUUCCGCGAAUUCUUGGCGGCGACCUCGAAAUGGGCCGUUUCUGACACACCAGCUUCCGCUCGAAAGGAUUCUUCCAAUAGCCUUGGCAGUUUCAAGGGUAAUAAGUCUCUACUCUGGGCUAAUCGACGCCAGCCAGCCGAUCAUGAAUUCAUGCAACGUCUAUACCGCAAAUGGUCCACUGACCCAGAGGAAGGACUGAGCCUCCAAAAUGUCGUGAACGGCUUGGCACGCCUCAAGGGAUCGCCGGACAUCAUGAAUAAUAUUAAUUACUUCUUCAAUCUUUAUGAUGAUGGUGACAACGGCCAGGUCGAUCGUGAGGGGAUUCUUAAGAUCUCUGAAGCUUUGCUGUUUCUGUCACGCCGUGGUUUCGAGGGUACAAUCACUGCCACUCAAUCUCUGGAGGAUCUGAACAAUCCCCAUGAUCGCGAGAACAGUCUCACAACAGAUGAAAAAUUCCUUGGAAGCGUGAGCGCAUUUAUCCGCCGCUGCUUUGAAUACGCCGACCCUAGCCAUCCCGAAAACCAAAAGGCUGCCCAAGGCGAUGCCACCACCGAGGUCACGGAGGGGCUCGAUUCCUUCACUAUUGGUGACGACGAGGAGGAAGAUCUGAUUGAUAUCGACGGAGACACCAGUGCCACAACGCCAGCUAAGACUAACACUCAGUCAGACAGCAGUGAACAGAAUCGGCCCAGAUCCGAAUCUGCAAACCCUGCCUUAGACCCUAACAACCCUCUUCACAUCACCCUCCCAACCUUCCGCAUGGUCGUUCUCGCCGACGAACUCCUAGAACAGUUCUUUGAAUCCUACUUCCCUCAGUCCUUCCAUCUUUCCGACCACCCUCACCCUGCUGCCCUUGCCGCAUCAUCAUCGCUUUCGUCCAACCUCACAACAUUCUCCAACAUCGGCAGCGCCCGUCCCUCCCCGAUCACCGCCAACUCUGGCGCUUCAGUAGCUGGUGCAUCAGGAGGCAUCGUGCCCCCAGGCAAAGGUCUUCGCGGUGUCCUCGACAACAUCGUCACUGACGGUAUCCGUAUGGCGGCCGAAGUCAAGAAGAGAAUGGACGAUGCGCAGCGCGAUCUCGAGCGCAGUGCACUCGGCCGUGAUGAAGAGGACGACGAAGAGGACGAUGAAGAGUACACACACCGUGGUGCAUCCGCUGCCGUCAUGGCUGGUGGUAUCUCCAGCUGGGGUGCCGGUGCGUACGGUGGAGACACCGAGCGCCGUGGAGUCCGCGAGGCAGAUCGUGAUCUCCUGGAGGGAGCUGAAGUUGAAGCAUCCUCCCUCCUUGACGGGAAGCCCGAGGCCGAAUUGGAGACUAGUAAGACUAGCCAUACUGCUGCGCCCACAGCGACCCUGGAUCAUGACCCUAAGGUCGUUAGCAAGAUUGUUGAGUUUGAAUCAUGA